CCCCGCCCCUCGCCGGCUGCAGCCGCGUCCGGGCGCUGUUUGCUCCCAGUUCCCUCCCAGUGCUCCCAGUAAGAGCCAGACUGGGAGGGAAAGUGCUCCCGAGUCCUGCCCGCUGCUCCCGGGAUCGCUGCCGGGGCCGCGCGGGGCGGGGCCGCUUUGGAACCCCCCCAGGGCAGAGCGCGGCUGCUUUUGGGGGUCGGCACCGCCCGGGCCGGGCUGGGAGCGGAGGAGGAGCGGGAGGAAGAGGAGGGACACAGGAGGAGGAAGAGGAAAGGCGGGAGCGGCAGGAAGAGGCGGAGCGGGAACACGAGGGACAGAGGAGGAGGAGGAAGACGAAAAGCGGGAGGAAGUUCCCGCCUGGGACCCGCAGGUGAGCGGGGAGGGGGAGCUCGCCCCGAAUCCAUCGCGGGGCUCUCCGGGAGGGUUUUUGUGCGGCCCAGGGCGUGUUCGGAUCUUGCAGGAGCCCGAAGCCGAGCCGGAGAUGGCCCUGGAGGGCUCCGGGCAGCAGCCGGUGGGAGAGGCCGCUGUGAGCGGCUCCGCGGCGCAGGAACGCAACGGGGAGGAAAAGCCGCGGAGAUGCCGCACGAGGAGGGGCUGCAAACGCAGAUCUCGGGGCUCCGAGCACGAAAGAUCCACCCCGGGCCGGGGAGGCGGCCGCAGCUCGGAGCUGGGGGUCCCUGAGCAGCCUCAGGAGGGGGAGAAGCGCCACAAGUGCUCGGAGUGUGGGAAGAGCUUCAGGUGGAGAUCCGUACUCAUCAUCCACCAGAGGAGCCACACUGGGGAAAAGCCCUACGAGUGUGGGGAGUGCAAGAAGAGGUUUCAGACCAGCUACAAUCUCCUCCUGCACCAGCAGAUUCACACGAAUGAGAGGCCCUUCCGCUGCCGCGACUGCGGGAUGGGCUUCAAGCAAAAGUCCCACCUCAUCAGGCACCAUCGCAUCCACACCGGGGGGAGGCCCUACGAGUGUGAGCAGUGUGGGAAGGGCUUCAGGUCAAGCUCCCAACUGAUCAACCACCAGACGAUCCACACUGGAGAGACGCCCUAUGAGUGUGAGCAGUGCAAGAAGAGGUUUCAGACCAGCUCCCAGCUCCUCCGGCACCAGCGGAUUCACACAGAUGAGAGGCCCUUCCGCUGCCUCGACUGCGGGAUGGGCUUCAAGAGAAAUUAUAACCUCGUCACCCACCGGCGCAUCCACACCGGGGAGAGGCCCUACGAGUGUCCUCAUUGUGGGAAGAGCUUCAGCCAGAGCUCCUACCUGAUCAUCCACCAGAGGAGCCACACGAAGGUACGGCCCUACGAAUGUGGAGAGUGUGGGAAGAGCUUCAGCACGAGUUCUACCCUGAAUCUGCACCAGAGGAGCCACACUGGGGAAAGGCCCUACGAGUGUGAGCAGUGCAAGAAGAGGUUUCCCAAAAGCUCCCAGCUCCUUCGGCACCAGCGGAUUCACACAGAUGAGAGGCCCUUCCGCUGCCCCGACUGCGGGAAAGGCUUCAAGCAAAACUCCAACCUGAUCACCCACCGGCGCAUCCACACCGGAGAGAGGCCCUACGAGUGUGAGCAGUGCAAGAAGAGGUUUCAGACCAGCUCCAAUCUCCUCAAGCACCAGCGGAUUCACACGGAUGAGAGGCCCUUCCGCUGCCCUGACUGCGGGAUGGGCUUCAAGCAAAACGCCACCCUCAUCACCCACCGGCGCAUCCACACCAGGGAGAGACCCCACGGGUGUCCCCAAUGUGGGAAGAGCUUCUGCAGCAGCUCAACCUUGACCCGACACCAACGGAGCCAUGAGGGGGAGAAGCCCCACAAGUGCUCGGAGUGUGGGAAGAGCUUCAGGUGGAGAUCCUACCUCAUCAUCCACCUGAGGAGCCACACCGGGGAGAGGCCCUACGAGUGUGGGGAGUGUGGGAAGAGCUUCAGUCAAAGCUCUGUCCUGACUCUCCACCAGAGGAGCCACACCGGGGAGAGGCCCUACGAGUGUGAGCAGUGCAAGAAGAGGUUUCCCACCAGCUCCCAGCUCCUCCUGCACCAGCGGAUUCACACGGAUGAGAGGCCCUUCCGCUGCCCCGACUGCGGGAUGGGCUUCAAGGCCAAAUCCACCCUCAUCAACCACCAUCGCAUCCACACCGGGGAGAGGCCCUAUGAGUGUCCUCACUGUGGGAAGAGCUUCAGGCAGACGACCACUCUGAUUGCCCACAAGAGGACCCACAUGGGGGAACGGCCCUACAAGUGUGGGGAGUGUGGGAAGGGCUUCACCCGGAGCUCUGUCCUGACUCUCCACCAGAGGAGCCACACCGGGGAGAGGCCCUACGAGUGUGACCAGUGCACGAAGAGGUUUCCCACCAGCUCCAAGCUCCUCGUACACCAGCAGAUUCACACAGAUGAGAGGCCCUUCCGCUGCCCGGACUGCGGGAAAGGCUUCAAGCAAAACGCCCCCCUCAUCAGGCACCGGCACAUCCACACCGGAGAGAGGCCCUACGAGUGUGACCAAUGCAAGAAGAGGUUUCUCACCAGCUACAAGCUCCUCCAGCACCAGCUGAUUCACACAGAUGAGAGGCCCUUCCGCUGCCUCGACUGCGGGAAGGGCUUCAAGGACAAAUCCACCCUUGUCAAACACCGGCGCAUCCACACCGGGGAGAGGCCCUUCGAGUGUCCUCAUUGUGGGAAGAGCUUUAACACAAGCUCCUACCUGAUCAUCCACCAGAGGAGCCACACGGGGGAACGGCCCUACGAAUGUGCAGAGUGUGGGAAGAGCUUCAGCACGAGGUCUACCCUGAAUCUGCACCAGAUGAUCCACACUGGGGAAAGGCCCUACGAGUGUGAGCAGUGCAAGAAGAGGUUUCCCAAAAGCUCCCAGCUCCUUCGGCACCAGCGGAUUCACACAGAUGAGAGGCCCUUCCGCUGCCCCGACUGCGGGAUGGGCUUCAAGGCCAAAUCCACCCUCAUCAGCCACCGGCGCAUCCACACCGGAGAGAGGCCCUACGAGUGUGAGCAGUGCAAGAAGAGGUUUCAGACCAGCUCCAAUCUCCUCAAGCACCAGCGGAUUCACACGGAUGAGAGGCCCUUCCGCUGCCUCGACUGCGGGAUGGGCUUCAAGGCCAAAUCCACCCUCAUCAGGCACCGGCGCAUCCACACCAGGGAGAGACCCCACGAGUGUCCCCAGUGUGGGAAGAGCUUCUGCAGCAGCUCAGCCUUGACCCAACACCAACGGAGCCAGCACUGAGGGAAGCCCUGUGAGUGCCCCGAUGCGGGAAGAGCUUCGUGCGCUGCUCCAGCUCCAUCCCCCAUGGGAGGAUCUCCCCUGGAUGAUCCCCAGUGACCCCCGGUGGGCAGAGCCCCGGUGAUCCGCGGUGCCGGUGAUCCGUGUUGGGCACACACCUGGCUGGGGACUGUGCAUCCUCCUGGCUCCCCGUGGCCUCAAUUGUCUUUUCAUUUCUCUCUGUCUUUUUAAAUCAACCAAAACCAAGGUGAAAAUAAAGAUUUUGAACAAAGACCUCUAUGGGGAGAUGGGCGGAUCUUCUUCGGGUGUGGGGGAUGAUGGUUGGAAAGGAGUUGAGUGUAGCUCAGAGCUUUGGGCUCCCCAGGCCGAGCAGCUCCAGCUGCGCUGGGAGAACCUGGUGGAGGUUCAGGGGCAGCUGAUCAAGGACCCACUGCCCUGGGACUGUCCCCCUGUUCCUGGUGUCCCCUUUCCAGGAUCUCCCUUUUCCCACUGUCACUCCCCUUGCCCGUUCCUGUGUCACCCCUUCCUGGUCUUUCCCUGCUCCCAUCCCAGUCCCCAUCUCUUUCCCGCUCUCAUUCCCUGUCCCGUAGUCUCUGUCUGGUUUCAGUUCCCACAUUCCCAAUCCCAUAUUCCCUGCCCUGUUCCCGUUCUCAUAUUCUUAGUCACACUGCAGGUCCUGGAUUUCCAUUGCGUUUUUCCCUGUCCUGUUCCCAUAUUGCCAUUCCUAGUCCUGCUCCUGUAUUCCUGUUUCUGACAGUGGCCCCUCUUCCUAAUCCCCAGCCCAUAUUCUCUCUCCACUUCUUGUUCCCAUAUUAUUUCCUGUCCCAUUUGCACAUUCCCCUGCCUGGUCCCAUUCCUGGUCUUUCUCCAUGCACUGUCCCAUUCCUGGUCUCAUUCCCGAAUUACCUGUCCCAUUCCGGUAUUCCCGUUCCCAUUGCUGCUCGCUGUCCCCAUUCCCUGGAUCAUUCCCAGUCCCUGUCACCUAUUUCCAGUCCUGUUCUCAGGGCCUGUCCUCAUUCCCAGGUCCUGUCCCCAUUCCUGGUCGUGUCCCAUAUUCCCUGUCCCAUUCUUGGGCCCUGUCCCCAUUCCCAGUAUCCUUCCCAGUGCCUGUCUCCUAUUUCCAUGUCCAUUCCCGGUCCCUGUCCGUGCUCCAAAUCCCUGUCCACACUCACGGUCCUUUCCCUGUGGCAUUUCCAGUCUUAUCCCUAUUCCCUGUCUGUAUUCCCAGUGCCUGUCCCCAUUCCCAGUCCUGUCUUGUAUUCCAGGUUCAAUUUUGGUGACAUUCCCUAUUCUUAUACCCAUUCCCCAAUUCUAAAUCCCUGUACCCAGUCCCGGUCCGAUUCCUUGUGCUGGUACCAUGCCCAGGCUCUGCUGCCUUUCCCUAUCCCCAU